AUGGAGGGAAAAGCCAAGUUAGGUUGGCUGUGUCUCGAUUUGUUUGCUGGCGUUCAGUAUAUUGAUCGCCCGCCAACACCUUCCUCUUUUGUCCUUCCGACUCUCAUCCCACCUCCCACCAUGGCAACACCCCAGUUUAGACAAGAUCUACCUCCCGCUGGCGGAUUCGAGACCGUGAAGUAUAAGCGGAACCUCCCCCUUCGCGGACCCGGAGCUCUGGUUAUCCUUGGAGGUGUGACUGCGAUAUGUGCGUUUGGGUUUUACCGAGUUGGACUGGGCAACGUUGAACGAAGAUCAGCUGGUACUGGGGCUGGUCACCGAAAAACGUUUCGUGGCUCCGGCCGUAUUCGCCAUCUCUUUUUACGCGUAUCUUCGGACCGACCUCAGCUGACACGCAACUCGACUUCUAGGGAGUUGCGUCGCGAGCAGAUGUGGGCCAGGAUUCAUCUUGUUCCGUUGCUUAUGGCGGAGGGAGACCGGGAAGCCUAUGCUGCCUCACAACGAGCUGCUGCAGUGGAAGCGGACAUUAUGAAGAAUGUGAAGAAUUGGGGACCCGAUUCGUCGUACCACAACCCGCGAUACCGUUCUAUGUAG